UGAAACUCAGCCUGAGUUUGAGCUAUGGCUGCUCUUCACCUCGGAAAGAAACUUCAGGAGGAAGCCACUUGCUCCGUCUGCCUGGACUUCUUCACUGAUCCCGUGACUCUGGACUGCGGGCACAAUUUCUGCCGAGCCUGCAUUGCUCAGUGCUGGGGGGAGCCGCCCACAGUCACGGCCUGUCCUCAGUGCCGAGAGAGCUUUCAGCCGAGGGACGUGAAGCCGAACAGGCAGCUGGCCAACAUGGUUGCACUACUCAAAGAGUUCAGUGUGCAGGCGAAGCAGGAAGCAGGAGGGGAGAGAGUCUGCGAGAGGCACCAGGAGCCCCUGAAGCUCUUCUGCAAGGACGACGAAGCCCCCAUCUGCGUGGUCUGCGACCGAUCCAAGGAGCACCGAGCUCACACUGUGGUUCCUGUCCAGGAGGCUGCCCAGGAGUACAAGGAUCAGUUCUGGAGCUUUCUAGUGCACUUGAGGAAGGGGAGAGAGAAAAUUCUGGCAUGUAAAGCAGAUGCAGAAAAGGAAAGCCAAAACUUGCUUAAUCAAACAUUAGCAGAGAGGCAAAAGACAGUGGCUGAAUUCAGACAACUCCACCAGUUUCUGGAAGAGCAAGAGACACUCCUGUUGAUCCAGAUAGGAGAAGUGGAGAAGGAGAUUGCAAGAAGAAGGGAUGAAUAUAUGGAAAAACUCUCAGAGGAGCUCUCUUCUCUUGAUAAAGUUAUCCAGGAGAUGGAAGAGAAGUGUGAGCAGUCACCAAGUGAGCUUCUGCAGGAUGUUAGAAGCACCUUGCUGAGGUGUAAGGAGAAAGAGAGAUCUGAGAAUCCCCUGGCUUUUCCUCCCUCAGUGAAAUGGAGGAUCUGGGACUUUUGGGAUAGGAACACCUUUCUGGAGAAUGUCAUGAAGGAGUUCAAAGACAAUCUGCUAUCAGGAUUUCAGCUGCAGGAAGCCAAUGUCACUCUAGAUCUGGACACAGCUCAUCCCCGCCUCAUCCUGGCCGAGGAUCGUAAAAGUGUGAGAUGGGAAGAGAAAUGGCAAGAUCUGCCAGACAAUCCUGAGAGAUUCAGCUAUUUCUGUUGUGUGUUGGGAUGUGAGGGAUUCACAGCAGGGAGACAUUACUGGGAAGUCACUGUGGGAAGUGAGGGAUACUGGGCUGUGGGGGUUGCCAGGAAGUCUGUGAAGAGAAAGGGCAAAUUCUGUUGGGGUUCCGAGGAAGGGAUCUGGGCUGUGAAGAAGUGUUAUUUUGAGUACCUGGUACCAAACUCCCCUGCUGACAUUCUUCUGCGCCUGAGUGGGGAGUUUAAGAGGAUCCGAGUGACUCUAAACUGUGCUGGGGGGCAGGUGGCCCUUUUGGAUGCUGACUCGGCAGCCCCCAUCUACACCUUCUCAGAAGCCUCCUUCUCAGGAGAGACCCUCCUCCCUUUCUUUUGGGUGGGCCUGAAAGCAGACCUGACGCUCUCCCCUUGAGGCACCUGAAGAGUGGAGACUGAUGUAUAACAAGCUACAGCAAUACAGCAGACGUACAGCUUUUGCAGAAGUGGGGGGCAACCUUAUUUCCAGUUUGAGGAGAAGCUGGCUCUGAACAGCUGUGAUUAGUUCAUUCCUGUGUCAUUCAGGAAGCUACUUUAUUCUGCAUCCCACCCCUCAGACCUAUUUUCAAAGUGAAGGGAAAACCUGGAGGGAAACACAAAGCAUGGAGGCCCCCUUUUUAUUAGAUAACUAGCUGACCCCGCACAGUGCAUCUGUGGAGUUGUGUACUGAGCCUGUGACAUCCCCCGCAGCUUGCUCUCCCCCUGCCGCGCUCUCUCGCCCGUUCUCCCCCGCUGCUCUCUCGCCCGUUCACCCCCGCCGCUCUCUCGCCCGCUCACCCCUGUCGCUCUCUCACCCGCCCGCCCGCUCACCCCCGCCGCUCUCUCGCCCGCCCGCCCGCUCACCCCCGCCGCUCUCUCGCCCGCCUUCCCACUCACCCCCGCCGCUCUCUCGCCCGCCCGCCCGCUCACCCCACCGCUCUCUCGCACGCUCACCCCCGCCGCUCUCGCCUGCCCGCCCGCUCACCCCCGCCGCUCGCCUGCCCGCUCACCCCCGCCGCUCUCUCACCCGCCCGCCCGCUCACCCCUGCCGCUCGCCUGCCCGCUCACCCCCACCGCUCUCUCGCCCGCUCACCCCCACCGCUCGCC